GACUGUCAUGGCGGCCGCUUCGCGAUAACGGCGCUGUCGUCGCCCGGCCGAGCAGCCUCGCGUCUCCCGUGCGGACCCGAGCCUCCUUCCUCCGUUAAGUUUUUCCGUCUUUUUGUAAAUACAUCCCCCCUCCUUGCGCGUACGUUCGUUUGUUUACCCCUCCUCUCUAUCUUUCUCUCUAUCUCUCUCUCUCUCUCGCGGUAUUAUGUGUUCGCCGGGCGCGCUCGUCGCCCGCUAAGAGGACUCGGGGAAAACCACCUUUAAAUUCAUGGAACAAGUGGCGGUGAAUGCGAGCUGCAGCGUCAGGAUGCCGGAACAGAGCAACGACUACCGCGUGGUGGUGUUCGGCGCCGGCGGCGUGGGCAAGAGCUCGCUGGUGCUCCGGUUCGUCAAGGGCACCUUCCGCGAGUCCUACAUACCCACCAUCGAGGACACCUACCGGCAGGUGAUCAGCUGCAACAAGAACAUCUGCACGCUGCAGAUCACCGACACGACGGGCUCGCACCAGUUCCCCGCCAUGCAGCGGCUGUCCAUCUCGAAAGGGCACGCCUUCAUCCUGGUGUACUCGGCGACGUCGCGCCAGUCGCUGGAGGAGCUGCGGCCCAUCUGGGAGGUGAUCCGCGAGAUGAAGGGCUCCGAGCUGGCCAGCAUCCCGGUCAUGCUGGUGGGCAACAAGUGCGACGAGACGGAGAACCGCGAGGUGGACGCCUCGGAGGGCGAGGCGGAGGCGCAGCGCUGGGGCUGCAACUUCAUGGAGACGUCGGCCAAGACCAAUCACAACGUGAAGGAGCUCUUCCAGGAGCUGCUGAACAUGGAGAAGAACCGCAACAUCUCGCUGCAGCUGGACCCGAAAAAGGGCGGGCGCCAGAAGCUGCCCGGCUCCGGCAAGCUGAAGGAGAAGUGCUGCGUGAUGUGACUGAGUGACCUGAAGGAAUGCUGCUGGAACACUUGCUUCCGGGGCAACUGAAGGGCGGGAGGGGAAGUCAUUUCUCCCCCCCUCUCAUCAACCCCCUUCUGCGCCAGCAUUCCUCGUCGGGUCGUCACCGUGCGCGCAACGGACUCUCUCUCCCCCUCUCCCUCUCUCACUCUCACUCUCUCCGGCGCGCGCGCACACUCUCUCACGUAGCACGGACUACAAACCGCACUUUCUCGCUCUCGGCACCUCCGCGGCGACAGGUGACGAUAGUCGCGGGUGUCCGAAGAAUCGACAAAUAACGAAGACAGUCUCUCCCGUAGCCAACGUUCUCCCACCUAGCCUCCCCCAAUUCCCCUCCUUCCCCCCCCCCCCUCUAAUCUUCUUCCCCCCCCUUCUCCCAAAACCGGUUCAAAUCACCGGGAGGACUGCAACCAAUCCAGUGGACACUGGGGCGCGUGACAUUUCGGGUGAUCGUUCGUUCCGAAGAAACAGUCUCUCAGAAGAAGGAGUUCGCUUGUGUUCGUUUCUCGGCUUCUCUUUCACUACUGUUUAUUAUAUAUUUUUUUGUGACGAGAAACGCAGAACCAGGCGGAGUGGAUGUCGAUAUGUAAUAUUAUGUAGAUUGUAGCUUUUUAUUAUGAAAUUAAGUGUAAAGUUAAAAAAAGAGUCUCUGCUACUUGAUUAUAGUGUUCGAUGUUUCGUGAUUUUACUAAUUAAAAAAAUAACUUAAUAAACUGCAUUCGUAACAAGAAAUAAUGACAAAUAAAGGAAAGCGUCUUUUGAAAAUUGACAUUCAAUUGGUGUCAUUAUAUCAGCUAAAUUAUUUUUUUUAAUUCUUUCGCACAUUUGCCAGAUAGUUACAUUUAUUUUCACGCUAACUGUAAAAUAGUAAUUAAAAACAAUUUUUUUUUUGUUAUUAGAAGAAACCAUCUAUGCAAAUUUAUAUUGUGACUAAACAGAAGUUAUGUAGGUUGGAAAGUAUUUUUUUUUCUUAGAAUUGAAAUAUAAAUUUUAAUUUUACUCUGAAAAAUCGUGAAGCAUGGCCUCAAAACUAAAUCUUUCAAUAUUUAGCUAAAUAUAGUCCAUUUAUGUACUAUUCUCUUGUUUCAUGCAUUUUGUUUAGUUCUGUCCUCAACAAAAA